CUGGCUCAGACCCAGAUGGCCGUGGCUGCAGGAGGGAAGGGCUAGAGGAGGGGUUAGCAAUGGCAGAGGAAGGCACCAGCUCCGUGCGGUGACCUCGCCCCUCCAUCCCAGUCCCCUGGGGAGGGUUUCUCAGCCUGCAGCCAGUUGCCAACAACACAGAUUUGUGUGGAGCAGAUUUUAACCAUCUGGUCUUCUCGUUUCCUCCCCAGGACAGAGCCACCAUGAGCCAACACUGCACUAAGUUCUCUGGCCUCUGGAAGGUAUGGUCGGGUGAGCUGGGGUCCUGGGGGGAGCUUCGCCGGGAGCUGGUUUGGCAUUAGGACCUGUGCUGAGACCUGGGCAACAGGACCUGCUCGCUGGGAUCAUGAUCCUGGUGUGGGAUGAGGAGUUCUUCCAGGGCCGGAGGCAGGAGUUCACCGCCGAGUGCUACGACGUGAGGGCGUGCGGCUUCCAGACGCUCCGCUCCUUCAGGAUUGAGAGUGGCGCGUGGGCAGGCUUUGAGCACGUGGGCUUCCAGGGGCAGCAGUUCGUUCUGGAGCAAGGCGAAUACCCUCGCUGGGAGGCCUGGAGUGGCAGCCACGCCUACCACGUGGAGAGGAUGAGCUCCUUCCGCCCCAUCACCUGUGCUAAUCACCGGGACAGCAAGAUGACGAUCUUCGAGUGGGAGAACUUCCUGGGGCGGAAAGGGGAGCUGAGCGACGACUACCCUUCGCUGCCAGCCAUGGGCUGGGGGAGCAGCGCGGUGAGCUCCUUCCGCGCUCACUCUGGCGCCUGGGUCUGCUCCCAGUUCCCUGGGUACCGAGGCUUCCAGUACAUCCUGGAGUGCGACCGUCACGCGGGCGAAUACAAGCACUUCCGGGAGUGGGGCUCCCAUGCGCAGACCUCCCAGGUUCAGUCUAUCCGGAGGAUCCAGCAGUGAGUGCUGCCAACCGCCAGGCCGCAGCCGCCCCCUUCUGCCCCUCAGCGUCUUACCCUACCCGCCUUCCACUGGGGCCCCCAGCUCCGGGCCCACUCGGCUGUGCUCAAAGCCAAGCUCAAUAAAGGUACACUUAUCUAACCAGCCAGGGCCGGUAAGUCCAGCGUAUUGCAGCCGGCUGCAGCCAGGGCAUGGGCCCCGGGAGACCCUCCCAGCGUCAGGUCAUGCAGUGGGGCAGCCCGACUGGUUCUUUGUCCCUUGCUCCAGCUACUGGACGUGUCGGCCAGGGAGCAGCGUGUCCCCCGGGGACUUGUUAACACAGGCAGACCAGAGCCGCAGGCACACAGGCCUGGAGGGCUGGCAGCUGGUGGGCAAGGAUGCAGAGCUGGCCAGCUAGUCACCACAGCCUAUUGCCCUGGCCCAAGGCGCCCCAAGGCAGAACGCAGUCCCCCCAAGAGCAGGGGCAGGCCUAGCUCCGGACCUUCCCCAGGCCUAGGCAGCCCCGCAGCACUGCCAGCUUACCGCUCAGGGGCACUGAAGGGCAGCCUGCCCCUCUCUGGCCUGGGCCGGGGAUGGGGACUAAGGGGUAUUCCAGAAAUACAGCAAACUGCAGCCCCCCACGGCGAGCCAAAUGGGAGCCUGCCAUCUGGACACCUGGAUCCUGAAGCAAUUCUCCUGGUAAACACAACAGAGACUGAGGAUAUAGGCAGCAUCCAGCCCUAUGAGAAACCACCAAGACGUCUGCCUGAGGUGCACAACAGACCAUGACAAGGCAGCGUCAACCCCACCCCGCCCUGGUGGUCCUGCAAGGAGAGAACCUGGAUGUGGGAAGCCAGCCGGAACGUUAACUGAAACCACACGAGUGUAGCCAAGUGCCCAUUGCUAGUGUGGGCUCUGGGAUUGAGCCCCCUUCCAGGAGAGAGGGUCCCCGGGACAGGGGAAGAGGCCGCAGCAGAAGCAGAGAAGACUUUGCAAUAGCUAGGGUGUGUCUUUACUGUUAGUCAUCCUGCGAGGAUGCUGGACCCAGGAGGAGUUCCCUGCCCGGAGCAGUGCGUCUGGGAGACCCCUUCGGAAGGGCAGCCCCUGUACGGUGUCUCCAGUCGGGAUCCCAGAGCUGGAGGCACCGAGCCCCACAGGCCUUUGGGAACAGGCUAGUCUAGAUUUCCAACCAGGCAGAACGGCCAGCCCAUGCCAUGGCUUCGCUCACCCUCCUCUGCUGGGCAGCGCCUGGCGAGGGAACACGCUGGCUGCCCACCGGGAGGUCAGGCUGAGAGACUCCCUUUCUGAGACUGGCAGAAUGUGUCCGGGCAGCGCUUCACUGGGCGCUCCCCCAUAGCGGGUGCAGGGCCGAACAUGGAGUCUGUCCAGCAUUGCCGGCUUGGCCUCCUGGAGGGGAAAUGCAGGGGCAGUCUGGAAUCAGAGAUGGGCCCAUGCCAUGAAGCUGGGACCCACACGUUCCCCACAGGGCGCGCUCAGACUCAGCCCCACUAGAAAGAAAGACCCCAGCUGCCAAAUUCAGCUCUGGAUCCAAAUCCUCGUGCUGAUGCUCCUGGAGCUCAGGGGUCCAGCCCACAGUUCUGAUCCAGCCUCUCUCGGCCGGGAAUCCUGACCAGGGCGAGUUUUCGGGGCAUCCGGCUGAGAGCAGCUGGGCGUGGGACCCCCGGAAACCAGCAUCUGCGCUGGACCAGUCUCAUUCCUCAGCAGCUUCUCCACCAGCGGCUCCUGUGACAAUGCCAGGGUGACACCACGUGGCCACUAAGGAAACUAACCCCAGCUCCAGCGGCACACCAGCACUCUCAGUGGGCUCUGCAAGACCAGCCAGCCCCGAGACACUACGGCACAGCGUCCAAGCGAGUCAUGAAAGCCUCACUGCAUCCGGGGCCCUGGUAGAGUGAAGCCAAGGCAGGUGUGUUGCUAAUGAACAUGGGGGACUUGCCCUGUGCUUUGCCCCACACUAACAAUAAUAUAAUAACAAGCUAUACUCCGAAUCUCUAGCACCUCUCACCAGUGG